AUUUUUAUCUAUUCUGAGCCAUGGCCGAACAACAAUUCGAACCAAUCUCAUCUCGUAAAGGCUGCACUCUCGCGAGAGCCAAUGCGGAACAUGUACCUCACAUUCAAUCCAUGACCAGAGCUGCGUACUCCAAGUACAUCGACCGUAUCGGCAAAGAACCAGCACCCAUGAAAGCCGACUAUCAUGAACUCAUCAAGACGCAGCUGGUCUACAUACUUCACGACGACGAGAAUGACACAGUAGUAGGCGCCAUUCUACUUCGCCUUGAUCCUUCAGCGAGUGCACUGCACAUCAACAACCUUGUCGUAGCCCCUGAGGCUCAAGGCCGCGGAUACGGUCGAGUCUUGAUGAAAUGCGCCGAGGAUGUGGCGCGAGAUUCGCAAUGCACAUCUCUACAACUCUACACCAAUGUCAAAAUGUAUGAAAACCUCAUUUUGUAUCCCAAGAUGGGGUUCGUCGAGACAGAGAGGAGGACGGAGGAUGGAUACGAGAGGGUGUACUUUCGUAGGGAGCUUGAUAUCGCAUAGACUCCACCGCAGUCUGUGUUGUUCACACUCAUCGAAUGAAGAAGGCCCCACGAACGCAAGAUCAGGAAGAAAGUAGCCGCCGUACACUCGACUGUAUCUCAUUUCAGGAUGUCCACAAUAGGCAGAAAAAUCGACAAUGCAGGCACGGC